AUGGUGUUCGUCCUCUCAUCAUCCGCGAUGAAAACAACGACGACUCAUAAGCCUCGUCGGGUUGUUUGUUUUUCGUCUCCCGGACGAUUUGAAGAAGCAAAAGAAGCGCCGAUUCCCCCGGCGAGAUCGAAGAACGCGCCUUUGUAUUACAACUGCACUUUGGAAAAAGGAACGCACGUGGAACACAGCGGCGACGUUAUUGUCGUCGGAAACGUCGAAAAAGAUGCCUCGAUAACGACGGAAAACGGGGACAUCGUCGUGUUUGGAUCGCUGAGAGGAGAAGCGAUCGUGAGGAGGAGGAAUAAGAGGAGGAGUGAUGAUUUAGAUGAUGAUUUAGAAGGAGGAAAGAUAUUCGCGUUGGACAUGCGACCGGAGGUUUUGGAAAUAGACGAAACGCAAAUGCCGCCUCCGGAACACUUACUGGAUACCGGAGUGAACGUGAAGGAUAAACGCGCGAUGACUGGGAUACCGAUGGUGGCGGAGAAGAGCGAGAGGACCGGGGAGAUUACGUUUUCGAAGUUUUACGGCGGCGCUUCGAACGACGACGACGACGACGCGGAGCGGUAUUACGAACGGAAGGAAAAGAAUAGUUUAUCCGCGGAGCAGCUGGAACGGUGCAAACGCGCCGCGAUGGUCACUGGGACGUAUAUUUUAGCUGUCGGCGUGUGUUUAUUCCUCUUCCCGAGACGUCUUUUCCACGCGGUCGUGCCGAUCGGCGAGACGUUGUCCUCGGCGGUUUGGCUUCGCGUCGUCGCUACCGCCGCCAUCGCCUUUGGUCUUUACUAUCGCGCGGUCGCCGAAAACGGCGAGACUGGCUUUUACAAAGCUACGGUCACUGGACGCUACUUCGUCGGUACUUCUUUACUCUUCUUAGCUUUGUUUUCGCAACACGCGAAUUUAGCGCUCUUCGCCGUCGGCCUCGUCAACUUCCUCGGCGCGUUCGCCAUGAAGAAGAGCCUGGAGUUUGGAAAACGAACGAAAACCACCACCACCACCACCACGCGUAACGACAAGAACAAGAACAAGAACAACAACAGCUGGGCAAACCCAUCCAUUUAG